CCCACACCAUUCCCACAAUUAUAGCAAACUUGUUUUCUGUUCAUUUUCUUCUCCACGUUUUGGUAGUUUUCUCCUUAUAUAUUACGAUACGAGAUAAUAAUGUUUCGUAUAUUUCAAAUUUUUUCCAAAGUUCUUCAAAUGUUCUAUUUGGUUUCAUUGGGCGUACACUUUUGCUUUGAAUUCGUAAUCCGUUUACACUAUAUCUUGGAUUAGUAACAGUUUGUAGGGCAAUAUUGUUUAAUAUGCUUUGCUCUUUUUGUUUAGUUCUAAAUUAUCGUUUGUAUCGGCUGAUCAAUUUCUGCUUAUAACUGAAUAUAUAAAUAAAUGAAUAAAUAAGAUAGAGAGAAAGAUGACAAAGGUAUAAUGGGUUAUAAUGCUUGUAACGUCCGCGUACGCCCUUGACACGCAAAGUUAUGUUUACUUUAGUUAAUAUUCAAAACUUCAUUAAACAACAUCAUAAAUCUUAUCGGUUACUUUACUAUUCCGACAAAAUAUUCGCUAGAGAUUGUUCUAAAAUGUCAAAUUCUAAAAAAUCCGUUUAUGUUACCCGCCCAGAUGUAGCAGCUAUCGGCCUGGAUAUUCUAAAGAAGGAAUUUGAUGUUAGCGUUUGGUAUAAGCAAGAGCCAGUACCCCGUGAGGAAUUGUUAAAACAAAUUCCUGGCAAAAGUGCUUUAUUCUGCGCUUUAACUGAAAAGAUUGAUAGCGAGGUUAUUACAAGAGCAGGGCCACAGCUCAAAUGUAUUGCUACAAUUUCUGUAGGUUAUGAACAUAUCGAUUUAGAAGCAUGUAAGAAACUGGGGAUACGUGUGGGUUAUACACCCGAUGUCCUAACGGAUGCUACUGCCGAACUAACUAUGGCUUUACUGUUGGCUACGAGUAGACGUCUCUUCGAGGCCAACAGGGAUGUCUAUAGUGGUGGUUGGAAGCCGUGGAGUCCCAAUUAUAUGUGCGGCCAAGGUUUAAAAGGCAGCCAAGUAGGUCUAUUUGGUUUUGGCCGCAUUGGUCAAGAAAUCGCCUCGCGUUUGCUGCCCUUUAAACCCAAAAAAAUAACAUAUACUGCGCGCAACCAACAGCCGGAAGUCGCUAAAAAAGUGCGGGCAAGUUAUGCGACGUUUGAAGAGAUGGUGUCCGAGUCAGACGUCAUUAUUGUUUGUUGCGCUCUUACACCUAGCACUAAGGAAAUAUUCGAUAAGUCCGCUUUUAAAAAAAUGAAACGAAAUUGCGUGUUUAUAAAUACAGCCCGAGGAGGCAUAGUUGAUCAAAAGGCUUUGCAUGAAGCCUUGAAAGAGAAACAAAUUAUGGCUGCCGGACUCGACGUUACUACACCAGAACCGUUGCCAAUAAAUGAUCCCUUGUUAAAACUAAAUAACGUUGUCAUAUUGCCACAUAUUGGAAGUGCUGAUAUUGAUACACGUAUUCAAAUGUCACAUGUUACUGCUUUAAAUAUAUUGGCGGCGUUAAAGGGUGAGAAAAUGGUAGCUGAAGUGCAAUUGUGAAUAUUCUAUGAUGUGCACUGUAAACAAUUUACACUUAUGUACAUAUAUAUGCAUUGUAAAAUAUUCGAUGAUAAUAUAUUUUAACAUAUCAGUGAUGUUUGCUUUUAACUGCGUCAUAAUUCUUUAAUAGACAAAAAAUAU